CAUACAGAACAUAUCACGUUGAGGAAGCCCCUAAGCCCAAUCCUCCUAUAAUGAGAAUUUGUAAUGGAGAGACUAAAGAAUCUUUUUGUCUUCGCUAUAUUUUUGACAGCAAGUGUUUUCCUACAUCAGGGCUGUAGCUUUAACCUGGAUUUGACUAAUUAUGUAGAACUUUCUGGGCCAGAAGGAAGUUACUUUGGAUUUUCUGUGGACUUUUUGCAAGCACAGAACCAAAAUGUAAGUGUUAUAGUGGGUGCACCAAGAGACGAUGUUGGGACAGAACGCGGUGGCUCUGUAUUUUCCUGUCCUUGGGAUUCAACUAAACGAGCAUGUCAAAAACUGAAGUUCGAUGAAACAGGUGAUGUAAAUAUCACACUUGAUAUUAUGAUCCUUAAAGCCCAUAAAUCAAACCAGUGGUUGGGAGCCACAGUACGGACCUAUGAUAGCUAUGUCUUGGCUUGUGCUCCAUUAUUCCACUGGAAUGUGAUUCAGGACAAAGAUGAGGCCAUGAACACGCCAGUGGGAAACUGUCAGUUACUGGAUAUGUUAACUGGAAAUAUAGCAAACUACGCCCCCUGUAGGGGUUUUGAAGUGGAGCAUAAUUACCAAAGUAAAAGAGGAGUUCAAGACAGACGCUACUGUGAAGCAGGAUUUAGCUCGGACAUCACUAAGGAUGGUAAUGUGCUUCUUGGUGCUCCUGGUGGCUUUUACUUUCAAGGUCAGAUCAUUUCGGCAUCUCUCCAAAACAUUAUGUCCCUUGGCAGGACGUACAUUCCAAGCCUUGAAAGUGAGACACAAUCCAGUGAGAUGUACAACCAGUAUGACCUUUAUCUGGGGUACUCGGUGGCAGUAGGUCAUUUCAAUGCUGACAAAAUCACAGACUUUGUAGCCAGCCUCCCACUUGACCUAAACUCAGUUGGUUCUGUCAAAAUCUAUGAUGGAGCUCCUAAAUUCUACCUUAAAUUCAUGAUGUCUCUAACCGGCACUCAAGUAGCUUCCUAUUAUGGCCACAGUGUUGCUGUGACUGAUAUAAACAGUGAUGGGAGGGAUGAUAUCUUGGUCGGCGCUCCUCUCUUUAUGGAGCACUUGUCUACACAUAAGCUGCGUGAGGUCGGGCAAGUGUACGUUUACCUGCAGAAUGAAGUCCAUCGCUUUUCCCCAAAGCCUGACCAGACUUUAACAGGCACCCACACUUAUGGACGUUUUGGCCUAACUAUUGCUCCUUUAGGAGACAUCAACCAUGACGGCUACAAUGAUGUGGCUGUCGGGGCACCGGGUUCUGGUGAAGGGGGUUUGGUGUUCAUAUAUAUGGGACAGAGUGAUGGUUUGAACCCGCAGUAUGCCCAAGUCAUCAAGAGCCCCUUCCAGUCUCCUACACCAACAUUCGGUUUUAGUAUAAGAGGAGGCACCGACAUUGACAACAACGGAUAUCCAGAUGUUAUUGUUGGUUCAUGGGGAGCAGAUAAGGUUGCUGUGUACAGAUCAAAAGCUGUAGUGAUGACAAAAGCCCAGCUUUCCUUUCAACCUGAUUUUCUACAGCCUGAUGAAAAAUUAUGUCAACUGCAUGACAGUCCCAUCUCCUGCUUUAAUAUCACGAUGUGCAUUAGUGUAUCUGGGUACAGAAUACUAGAGGAAAUUGUGUUGAAUGCAGAGCUCCAGCUGGAUAAAAUGAAGCCAAAUGUGGCGAGACGGACCUUCCUUCUGGACUCUCAGCAGCCAUACAGCAACUUUCAGCUCACUAUUAGGAGAGACAUAGGAAAAUCUUGUAGAAACUUCACUGCAUACUUACUGUCCGAGUUCAAGGACAAGCUGAGCCCCAUCCUUAUCUCACUGAACUACAGCCUGGCCAACCCCCAUGAAGCAAUGUUACAUGGACUAAAUGUUGUAGUCGAACAGACACAGAUUGUUCUUGACUGCGGUGAUGAUAACAUCUGCAUCCCUGAAUUGAUUCUUUCAGCCAUGGCUCGCACAGAUCCUCUUCUGAUUGGUGAUGAGAACCCAGCUCUCCUGAUCAUCACUGCUGAGAAUCGUGGUGAAGGAGCAUAUGAGACCGAACUGUAUGUCCGUCUUCCACCUCAAACACACUACCAGGGUGUAUUAAGUGAUGAGGAGGGCUUUAGUCCUCUUCUUUGUGGUCCGAAAAAAGAUAAUGGUACUGUCAUUGUGGUGUGUGAACUGGGCAACCCAAUGAAAGCUAAGCAGAAGAUUAUGGCAGGUCUGUAUUUCAGCAUGGGUGGUCUAGAGGAGGUCGAGACCCAUGCGUUAUUCCAUUUACAAAUUAAAAGCAAGAACAGUCAGAACCCAGACAGCAAUACAGUGGAAGUGAGGAUCAAUGUUCAGGCUGUGGCUCUGCUGGAGAUGCGGGGAGCCUCCUCUCCUUCCGAGUGCGUCCUGCCAAUUGCCAACUGGGAACCAAAGAUUGUUCCAGUAAAUUUGGAUGAUCUCGGCCCCAUUGUAGAACAUGUUUAUGAGUUAAGUAAUAAAGGGCCAAGUACAGUCAACGCUAAACUGGAGAUCCAGUUCCCUAUACUGCAGAAUGGCUCCUAUAUACUCUAUGUGUAUGCGAAUGCUUCAGAGGAGCUCCUGGCGUGCAGCACAGACCCUUCGCAAAUCGAUCCAUUUGGGCUUGCAACACCAGAGUUCGAUAAUAUUACUCUGAUGCCUGUUCACCAUUUUAACAAGCGGGAAGUGGAGCAGGAGGGCCAGAAUGAACAGAAAGAACAGGCGCAGCCUGAGCAGCACCACAGCGGACCUGUGCAUGUGAAUUGCUCCACUGAGACAUGUGUGGUGUUCACCUGUGAGGCUCCAGCACUGCAAAGGAAUGCCAGAGCCAUAGUGAGAGUGACAGCACGCUUGUCGGUUUCUCAUUUCUUACAGUCGCCUUAUGUGAACUAUGUCCUCUGGUCUACUGCACGUUAUGAGGUAGUAAGCAUGAUGUCCAAGAUCCAGCCAAGCAUCUUGCCUAGUGGACAAGCUGAAACGAACACCUCUGUGGUGUGGAGGAAUCCUGACGGGCCGGAAAACGUGCCAGUGUGGUGGAUUGUGGUGUCCAUAAUUGCUGGCCUCCUACUCCUGGCUUUGCUAAGCUUCAUUUUCUGGAAGAUGGGAUUUUUCAAGCGCAACCGCCCACCAACUGAUAAUGACAGUGAUGAUACCGCUCAUGAGCCGAAAGCAGAGCAGUCAGAGUAUGCUGAUGUCUUGCUAGACCAGUCGUAAAAUGAUUACUGCAAAUUCAAAGCAUAUAUCAAAUGGUACAUUUUAUUGUGUAAAUGGGUAUCCUGCCAUUCAAAAGCUUGUGUGUUUAAUGAUU